GGCUGCGGCCUCCGGAGCCCGCCCUGAGGCGGCGCGCGGAGGGAAGGGCGGGAACAAGUGGGGGGGUCCCUGCGGGCGCCCCCGCAGGCGGGUCUGCGGGCAGCUCGGCCCAUCCAGCCCCGCUGUCCCCCUCUCCGGGCGCCCUGCCCUCGGGGAGAGAGGCCGGUACCGGGACGUGAAGAGGAACUCGGUCGCGCUCACCAGCCCAGGUCUCAGGGCCCCGCGACCGGCUUUCCUGUGUCACCGCCGCAGGCAGGCGGCCCACCGAGCUCCAGGAGGAGGACGACCCUGAGGACUCCGAUGAAGAACGGGCCCCGAGGCAGCACGAAUUCUUUGUCCCUACGAAGAAUCGCCAGAUUUUGGAAACAUUUACCCACCAAAACACUGAUUUCUCAUCAUCUUUCAGUGAAACCUUGGGUGGCCUUCAGAAGGGAACACAGUAAACACCAGAAGGCAACAUCCAGGGUGCCAUUAGGCAAUGAAUAUCAUUAGAAGGAAUUGUCAGGAACAGCAAAUUUGAUGACUGCAAGUGACUCAGAGAAUACCCAGAAACCAGUGUCCCCUCCUGGAGAAGCAUGUGCCUUUGGAAAGCCCAUUUUUACCCUAGACAAAAAUCGGAACUCAGGAGAAAGGAGAUGGACAUGAAGUUGUACAGCCUACAAGAAAGAAAGGGCCAUGUGUACCAAGAGGUCAACGAUCCCCAGGACGAUGACUACCUUUAUUGUGAGAAGUGUCAGAACUUCUUCAUCGACAGCUGUGCUGUGCAUGGGCCCCCUACAUUUGUAAAGGACAGUGCAGUGGACAAGGGGCAUCCCCACCGCUCAGCCCUCACCCUGCCCCCUGGGUUGAGAAUCGGGCCAUCGGGCAUCCCUGAGGCUGGGCUUGGAGUGUGGAAUGAGGCAGCUGACUUGCCAGUGGGUCUGCACUUUGGCCCUUAUGAAGGACACAUCACAGAAGAUGGAGAGGCAGCCAAGAGCAGAUACUCCUGGCUGAUCACCAAAGGGAGAAACUGCUAUGAGUAUGUGGAUGGAAAGGACAGAUCCUGGGCCAACUGGAUGAGGUAUGUGAACUGUGCCCGGGAAGAUGAAGAGCAGAACCUGGUGGCCUUUCAAUACCAAAGGCAGAUUUUCUACCGAACCUGCCGGGUCAUCAGGCCGGGCUGUGAGCUGCUGGUGUGGUUUGGGGACGAGUAUGGCCAGGAGCUGGGCAGCAAGUGGGGCAGCAAGUGGAAGAGAGAGCUCGCAGCCAGGACAGGCAUUCAUUAUUUUUUAAAGAUUUUGCCCUGGCUGGUGUGGCUCAGAGGACUGAUGUCCGCAGGGAGGAAGCGGGUGGCUCCCACAGCCGUGGUGCAGCUGCAUCUGUGUCUGGAGAGCCUGCCCACACCUCCCGGCCUUCGGCAGAGACCCCCUGGCACCCAGGGCCGGCGUCUUAGUGCCCGCACCGCCUGCGCCAUCCCCAGGAGCCAGUGCCGAGAGCUGGGCACAGCCGGUGGGGAAGGGCAGCGACUCCCCAAAGCCGAGGGCUCCUCUCCCAGGAACAACCCCACCCCCGCCCCGGCCACCCCCAGCCCCUGGUCCCACCGCGCCGCCCUCUCCCCGAUAACCCUAACCGUCUGGGCACUGUCUCCGCAGAACUCGGGGACCACGUCCCAGGGGGGCAGGGAGACGCUGAGGUAG